AUGGUGGUCAUUGGUUUGAUAGGCAAUAGUUUAGUGGUAAUAAUCGUUCAGAAAACGAUCUCGAUGCGCACAACAACCAACUUCUUGUUGUCAAAUAUAGCUGUGGCUGACAUUAUCUCUUUGGUCUGGUGCAUAAUUCCCUUGGCUACUUGUCUCUUUGCCGAGCAUCCAAAGGAGCAAGUGGGAACGUAUAUUUGCAAGUUUUUCACAGGAUAUGCCAUGACGAGUAUUUCAGUUUCUGUUAAACUCUCCAGUCUGCUCAUCGUUGGAGUUGAGCGAUAUCGCGCAGUUCUCAAGCCUUUAGAGAGUGACUACCGCCUGGAGCAUAUUAACUACAUAAUAGGCUUUCUCUGGAUUUUUGCUGUCAUUCUCGCCCUGCCUGGAUUUAUUUACAGCGAAUAUGAUGAUCAACUUGGAAGAUGCUUACAUCCUGGGACAAUUGAGAAGACGGCCACUGUAAAAUGGCUGAUUACAAGCAUCACGGUCUUGACGGCCGUUUGUUCAAUUAUUUUAUUUUUGUCCUAUUUCUAUAUACUUAAAGGCAUUUAUGUUAACAAAACAGUUUGUGUUGAAUCAGUAGCAACGAGACAGGUGAACAUGAAAGCAAAAAGAAAACUCGCCAUAACUUCUUUGACGGUCACAGUUGCAUAUAUCAUCUGCAACGCGCCGUUUUUGGUCUUUGAGAUGUAUACAGCUUACACCGAAAGAGAAAAAAUUAGGAAUAACUAUGAGACUAUGUAUACAGUUUAUCGAGUUGUGGGGUUUAUCAUGUACUUCAACUCAUGUCUAAAUCCCUUCCUUUAUGCCUUUCAGAGCUCAAACUAUAGAAAUAACUUCAAAAGGAUCUUUCUACGCAGA